AUGACAAUUUCAACCAAGACAUUCCCCACAUUCAAGCAACUUUACCGUACUAUAUCCCAAGAACUACUUGCCUAUGAAAACAAGACAUUGGCAGCGCAGGCUCAAAAAGAAAACACUAAACUUACAGCUUACUAUUCAUAUUUAAAAUCAGUAGCUCAAAGAGAUGGCAAAUCAGUAGACGACAUAAACUCCAAAAUUGAAUCUUUGAAACAAAGUAAACUACAACAACAAGCAGGAGGAUCUAAAGCUAGAAAAGAGCACACUGAAUUACAAGAUUUAACUACGUUGCAUAAUAUAAUUGAUGAUAAAAUUGGCAUAAACAGCAAUUAUGAACUGAAUAAUUUGAACAAUGUUGCUACUUUUUUGAAGAAUCAACGGGAAUAUUUUGAAUUGUUGGUUAGAUAUAACCCGGGAUUGUUAAUGGAUCAACAAGAAAAUGUAUCCAAGACAGCCAACAGAGUAGGAUUAGAUGUCCCUGAAUAA